AUGUACUUUGAAUCAGAGAAUGCGUUGAUGGCUUAUUAUAAACAUUAUGGAAAACAAGAAGGUUUUCUGAUUAUGACACAAAGGAGUAAAAGAGAGAAGGAUGAGACUAUCAAAUAUGUUACUCUAGGAUGUGCUCGUGGUGGCAAAGCACGGAAUAGAACGUCGAAUGUCUCGAGGCCUUGGCCAACAAGCAAGACAGACUGCAAGACAAGGAUGAAUGUGAUGUUCAAGAAUGAGAAGUUGUGUGUCACAUCAGUUUUUAACACACACAAUCAUGUACUCAGUCCAAGUAAAGCAAGAUUCUCCAGAUGCAACAGAGAAGUUAAUGAGUCAGUUAGGAGGGUGUUGGAUACAAAUGAUCAGGCUGGCAUACGGAUGAAUAAGAGUUUCCAAGCUCUUGUAACUGAGGCGGAUGGGUUUGAGAAUAUACCAUUUGGAGAAAAAGAUUGCCGUAACUAUAUUGAUAAGACACGACACUAUCUGCCCACUUGA